CAAAAGUUUCAUGAUUUAUUAAUCAUCUUUUGCUAAAAAAUUUGAUAUUUUCCUUUUUUCAAAAUCACUAACAUCCAUUAUCUCAAUCUUAUAGGGAAGAUAUUUAAAGGGAUUAAAAAGGAGAGAAAAAAUCUUUCUUGGAACAUUAAAUAAAUGUGAGUGUAAAUUACCAUACAGUAGAUUUCACAGAGAAAUAAUGAAAAGCAGCUGGCUGUUUAAAGUCUUCAGUGUAUUAUUUCGAUAUUAAUGCUUGUGUGAACAUAAUGUUUCAUCCAACAGACCAUACAAGAAGUGUGUCACUACAACUCUCUAAGGUCCUUGAUGACAUUGGUGUAAAUGAUGACAUGGUCCUUAAAAGAAGGCAAACAGUAAUGACAGAAGAAUCUCUCCGGACAGUGAUGGCGAACUUACAAGAUAUGAAAUUUACCCCAUAUAAUUUUGGGAGCCGCACUGAAGGAACGACUACAGCAGGUCUUCGUGCAGACUCUGACACCCUGGCAUGUAACAACCAGUUUAACAUUAUACAAGACCUUUCAGAAUGGCGUCAUGGAUAUACAAAUUUGUUGAUGGUACGUGAUGCUAACACACCACCAGGAUACUGUCUCCUACAAAAAACAUACGACGAUGUUCCACAGCCGGUUAAUUACCCCCCUUGUGAAGAUUUCUAUGUUGACAGUAGAAGUAGAGUGCUGAUGAAGAAUGAUUGGUUUGUAAAAACAUUACCCAAUGGUAGGGUAAGACAUGGUCCAUCACAGUCCAUACAAGGUUUACCUGGAUUUGCUGAUGAUGACCUUGUGUAUGCGUAUUACUGUAAAUCAUGGCCGAGGGAGGCCAGAAUAUUGACAGAAGCAGCAAGUGCAGGAAAUUGGCCUUCUGAAGAAUUAAAGAGGCAAGCUAUGAAUGAUGGAUGUUUUGUUGUACCUGUUGGUUGCCGUGGUACUGAAAAUGAGGAACUUCAAUGGAGAAUAUCAACAUCAUUAACGGAACGCAGGCUUAUGUUCAGCUUAAACAUAGUUCAAAUCAGGUGUUAUGUUUUGAUGAAAAUGAUAUUAAAAUCUUACCAAAGUAUUGAUUCUGAAGAUGCCUUAUCAAGUUUCAUCUGUAAAACAGUCCUCCUUCAUUGCAUUGAAAAGGAAGAAGAAAAUCUCUGGCAAGAUGAUAAUUUACUAAACUGUUUGAAUACUUGCAUGAAAUUUCUACAUGACUGUGUUUUGUUAGAACACUGUCCACACUUUCUUAUACCAGAGAACAAUUUGAUGGCGAGACGCAUUUCACCAGACAUCAAGCCACAAAUUCUAGCAAUAAUCCAAAAUAUUUUACGUAGUGACGGUAAAGCUCUUGAAGAUAUCGAAAUUGACCAGCUUGGUAUGAGAAUCACUGGACAGUUUCAAACUGUGUACCCGGGAUGCAUUGUAACAAUACAAGUACCAUCAGCUUUAGAAUACAAACAAAACAUUUCUGGACAUUUAUUGUUUACUUUCAUGAGAAGCCUCAGUAAUCGUAUUGGUGGCUAUCUGACUGAACUGACACACUUGCAGACAGAAAAUGUUGUCCAAAAGUUGUCUGUAUCUAUUGAUAAGCUUACUACCUUUCACAGUGAAGGUACGGAAUAUGAGUUAAAAGCAUGUGAACUUAUUUCCAACUUCUUAUAUAUGUCUCUGGGAUCAGUCCUGGCUUCCAACAGUAUUUCAAAGAAUGAAACAAUUCAUCGAAAUUCACUUGUAAUGUUAGAUCAAGGAUCAGCUAAUGACAUCUCAUCAACAUUAAAAUGGGCAUCAGUGUUCUAUUGCAAAGGAGACAUGCCUCAGACUAUUAGUAUACUUGAUACAAUACUAGAACAAUAUAGCAUUGAACGUUUGCAAUCGGUUUGUUGUUGCUACCAGAGUCGAGAUAGAGGUAAGCCUAAACAUGAAUUUGAAGAAGUCUGUGUUGAAGAUGAUAUAAAACAUGUAUUAAAACACACAGCUUUUUGUGUAAGGUUCUUACCAUGUGAAGUGAACUGUGUCCCAGAGGAGUUAAAACAUGAAUAUUUCCGCCCAAACAUGGAUGCUCUUCAUAAGGACUACUGGAUGGACUGGGCUGUGGUAGACUCAAUUCCUUACUAUUAUUUCUUAUUGUACAAAGUCCAGAAAAUUCAAGGUAACAUGGAGAGACAGCAGGCAGCUUUUGACAAACUAAGACAAGCAAUAGACUCUGACUCUAAUCUCGGACACAGGGAAACUGACUUAAAUUUACUUGCACAAUGCAUGGAGCAGCAAGGCAUGUUAGAUGAUGCCAUAGCUUGUUACACUGCUUCAACAGAUCUUCGUCCAGCACAUAAUGCCGCUUAUUCUCUUAUCAGUCAAAACUUUUAUAGACGACAUUCAAAUAACAGAUAAAAACAAACUGCUGUAUGAUAACCGGUACAUACACCAAUAAACAAAGAAGUAAACUUUUUCAACACACACCAAUGUCGAUUUUGCGACUCCGUAAAAAUGGUAUUGCAUUGCCGUGCAGAUAUUUUGACUUGACGUCAUUUGCCUUAUACAAUCAUAGCGUAAAGACAUGCUAAAUGUUAGCAUUAAACUAUAGGCACAUCGAUGAAAAAUGAUUCUUGUUUACUUUAAACAGUCUUUAUCUUAUUUUACAAAGAUAUAAUUUGUAUUUUUAAAAAAGGGAGCAGUAAUGUUUAUUGUACCAAAACAUUAACUUUCCAUAAAAUUAUGUACAAAAGAACAGAAAACAUUUUUUCCUUACAGGUUUUCUUGCAAAGUUAACGGAGACGUAAUUUUCCUUGUACUUGCGUACAAGGGAUGAUCCAGAAUUACCUGCAUUUUGUUUGUAAUUCUGAUAAAUUUCAUUUUGUUUUCAUUAAAUUUAUACCUGCGUAAAGUGUCAUGUUUCAUCUAUUUAAAUGGAAAAUAUUAUUUGGUUUAAUGACAUCCAGCUACGUCUAACACCACCUUUAAAUAACCAUGCAACUACCAUAGCAGCACAGCUCAAAGAACAUUGAAAUUUAUAAUGCACCAAACAACCUGAUACAAAAAUGGGUGUUGUCUAAAAUCUGCCGGAGCUUCGUGUAAAAUUCGAAAAAUGUCAUGCUAAAUUUCAUCUCAUUUAAACAAUGGGUUCUAUCAAAUUUCAAAUUGGCUUUAUCAAAUUUCAAUGGUUUGUUGAUGCAACAUUAAUUUAUUUGGAAACAUUGUCAUUAAGGUGUCUUGAAAAUUGCCAUUUCAUAAACAUUUAUGAACAGUUCGGAUAGCGUCCAUCAAAAACAUCUAAUAUGAAAAAAGAAACCCGACACAAGUAUCUUGCUAGUCAAACUAAAGUUAUCAAGUGAUAUAGAAUUUUUUUUCAGAAAGUUGGACUAAUCUUAAAUAUAAAACAUUUCGUUGCUGGAAUAGAAGGAUGCUCACAACAUCACGUUGGCGCUUGAAAAAGGCAAAAGUGCUGUCAUGUGUGGCUUUGCCGAAAAUUUAAUGUGAUUUUUCUUUUACAAAAUUCUAAUUAAUGAAUUGCAUAUAUCUUAGAUUACUUUGGGUAUUACUCUGUAUUUUAUUUAUCCAAAACUUGUUCUUAA